AUGCUCUUUGGAACAAAAUUAGAUCAUGAGAUUUAUCCACCUUGGAAAGAUUUUUACAUUUCUUAUAACCAUUUAAAGAAAUUAUUGAAAGAAGGAGUAAUCCUUAAGAAUAAUUGGACCGAUAAAGAUGAACAGAAUUUUGUUAGUGCUUUAGAUGAAAACUUGGAAAAAGUCUUUGGUUUCCAACACAAGAAGUUUGAUGAAUUAAAUGAUGAAUUGAACGAUUUACAGCAACAAACUGAAAGAACUGAUACAUUUAAUCUUGAGUCAUUCCUGAAAAAAUUGGACAAAAUUUUGGACGAAGCACAGAAUUUGGAACAUUUCCAAAGAUUGAACUAUACUGGUUUUAUUAAAAUUGUCAAGAAACACGACAGAAUACACCCAGAAUAUUCAGUUAAACCAUUGUUAAAUGUUAGAUUGAAAAAGUUGCCAUUCCACUCUGAAGAUUACUCUCCGUUGUUGUACAAAGUCGGGACUUUAUAUCAAUUUUUAAGAGAUAAUUAUGAAGUAGACCAAUCUUUAUCAAAGUUGUCUUCUUUCAACGAAGGUGCCACCAAUGGUGAGUUUCAAUCAUUCAAAUUUUGGAUCCAUCCAGACAAUUUGAUGGAAGUCAAGACUACAAUCUUGAGACACUUGCCAGUUUUAAUCUAUAACUCCACCAACAAUGGUGAUGACGAUGACGAUGACGACGAUGAUGAUGAUGAAGAUGACAAUAAUAAACACAUCACUGGUGGCCAAACUAUCAAUUGUUUAUACUUGGAUAAUGAUCAUUUUGAUCUUUAUAACCAUAAAUUGACCAAAUUAAACAACUCAUCUACUGUCAGAAUUAGAUGGGUAGGAAAGUUGGCUGAUAAGCCAAAGAUUUCGAUGGAAAGAAAACUGUUUGAUGUAAAUUCUAACUUUUUCGUUGACGACAAAAUUGAAUUAAGACAAAAGUAUAUUAAUCAAUAUGUCAUUCAGAAAGAAAUUCCAAAAAAGUUAGUCAAAUUGAAUGAUGCUAAUUCUGUUAAAAAAUUGUUAGAUUUUAUUAAAGAAUAUAAUUUGCAGCCCAUUUUAAGGACAACAUACAAUCGUACUGCAUUCCAAAUUCCUGGGGACGAUAGAAUUAGAAUCAUUAUAGACUCGAACUUAACUUUCAUAAGAGAAGAUUCAUUUGAUUCACAAUUGCCAAUCAGAGACCCUCAACAAUGGCAUCGUUUGGAUUUGGAUAAUUCCAAAUCCCCGCAACAAUUCUUGAGAAAAGGUGAGUUUGUUAAAUUCCCAUUUUCAACUAUGGAAAUCAAAAUUAAAAAAUCAUCGGCCAAGAAUUUUAAGAAAUUACAAUGGGUAAAUGAGUUAAUUAACUCAUCUUAUUUGGUUAAAGAGAUUCCAAACUUUUCCAAGUUUAUUCACGGGGUUGCUUCAUUAUUUUUGGAAGACGACAAAUUGGACAAUAUUCCGAUGUGGUUCAAUGAAUUGGAAGGUGAUAUUAAUGACGAUUUACCUAAAUUACCUUCAAAGAUUAAUAAUAACGGUAUCACUGAAUUAAGUAAUGAUGAAAAUUUGUCCAAGUUCAAAUCAAUGAUACUCAAUAACAAGACAUCUAAUUUCCAACCAAGAUCGGCUUCCUUUUCUGGCUCUUUAUUAUACACAAAAGACAAUGAAAACGAGUCUGGUACUCAAAGAAUUGAAACAAUUGAGGAAGACGUUGGCCCGAGCGAUAAUAAUGGUGCUAAGCCAUUAUCUUCAGCUAGAGUAACCACCGAUGAUCAAUCAUCAGACUUUGACGAGGAUGAGGAUGAAGAUGAGGACGACGCUGGCAGAAGAUCCAACCCAUUAGUUAGAAUAAUGAACUUGCCAAACCAAUUUUCUAAAUUAGUCGACGUUGAUUCCGAGGAUGAGGAAAUUGAUUUGCCUGCAGGGGUAACCAAACCAGACCAAUGGAUCAAGAACAUGGGUCCAAUUAAAAUUGAACCAAAAGUUUGGUUAGCCAAUGAACGUACUUUCAACAGAUGGUUGCACGUGACAACAUUGUUAUCGUCAUUGACAUUUAUUAUUUACUCGUCGACUAGUGGCUCCAAUUUUGAAGGAUUGAGCACAUAUCUUGCCUACUUUUAUUUUGCAUUAACUCUUUUCAGUGGUCUUUGGGCAUAUUAUAUAUUUAUGGAAAGAAGAAAGAUUAUUUUGGAGAGAUCUGAUAAGCAUUUGGAUAACUCAUUUGGGCCUUUGAUUAUAGCUCUUGGCUUGACCAUUGCUUUGAUUUUCAAUUUUAUUUUUGGUUGGAAAAAUUUAAAUUUGGACCCAAAUGAUGAGUUUUAUAAUAACAACCCAACCCAAAAGAAAGUCCAUGAAUUUAUGGUUAAUAUGGUUAAUUAA